AUGGAGACUGUACUGGAGUCAGAGAGUGAGGAGCAAGUCAGACAUGGAGAGACACAGGAGGAGGAAGAGGAUGACAGAGAGCUGACGGAGCUGGAUGGGACUCUCAGCAACUUCCAUGUUUCUGCUCCUCAGGAGCAUCUCCUGAACUUGGAGGCAGACGAGUUGUGUCCUGAGUCCUACAGGAUUAACUCCCCCGGCGAGAUCCGACUGUUGGCCAUUGCAGAUAACUUCCAGUGUCAGUAUUCACACUUAUAUCCCGAACGCAAGCCACUGCUGCUCUGCCCUGUCAAUGAAUGUGGUGUUAAGAAGUUUGUGUCAACGACUCUUCGGCCCACACCAGCAGUCUGCCCUGAGCUUUUCACCUGGGAAGGCUGUGCCUCCUUCGUGGCUAACUUCCUGUCUCUUGACCCUUUGGAGCCGCCUGUGGACCUGCCCCAGAAACUGUCCUCCUCCACCUCAGUGCUGCAGAGUCAGCGGGCCACAUGUUUUGAAUAUGCCACCCUGCUCUGCAGCCUGCUGCUCGGCGCUCACUACGACGCCUACUGUGUCAGCGGCUAUGCCAUUAAAGAGAUGUGUCUGCUCGACCAGAGCCUGCAGGAGUGCCCCCUGCUGGACACUGAGGUCAAGAGUGUGAUCUCAGAGCAGGAGCCACAGGAGAAUAAAUACACGGAGAAAUAUGUGAGGGAGCUGAAGAGUCACUUUUUGAUGCAGCAAGAGAAGAAGAAACAGGAUGCUGAAGCUGCGUUGCAUCAAAACCAGGAACUACAGGCGGAGAGCGAGCAGCGACCCGCUGACCCCCUACGAGGACUGCGGGUGCACUGUUGGGUGCUGGUGCUGUCGGGGAGUCGGAGCAUCCAGGAGAACUUCUUCAUCGACCCUCUGACCGGGAGCAGCCACACCACUGACGAUGACAACUUCCUGGGCGUCGAGAGCGUGUGGAACAAUCUCAACUACUACGUGAACAUGCAAGACUGCAGGAACAGCUGCGCCGGCAUGCUGUUUGACCUGGAAGAUUUAAAGAUGUGGGAACCAGUCUUGUACGGUGCAACCAGCAAAAAGCAGCUGAUUCUCUCUAUCUUGAAGAAGAAGGAGAAUAAGAUGAUGAACAAAAUCCACAGCGCUGAGGAGGAGGAGGAGCGGCCCCGCGUUUUUGAGAUGCCGAGAUCCUGGGUCAGUCAAAUCACCAUCUCAAAAAAAGACCUGGAGACCAGCUGGCCACAAAGACAGAAGGUGACUCGCUACAGGAAAGCAAAGCUGGAGAAGUUUGCAGCGUACCUGAGGUCAGACGGCCUGGUCACACGACUGACGAGAUACAAAGACCUGGACUGCACAGAGGGCGUCACGGUGAAGGAGUGGUAUCAAGACAGAAACGAUCACCUGGAGCUGAGGGAGAUCAACAAGCUCGACAGCGUCACCACAGAACGCUUCAAACGUGGACGACGUUUCCACCUUUUAUUUCACAGGUACGCUUUCCCGAGCACCGACUCCGAGCAGGAGAUGGAGUUCAGCAGCGCUCGUGUCGACGAUCUGGUGCGGCGGGUGAAGUCGCCGGGUGAAAUGAUGGAGAUCUUUGAAGGUCGGGACGACUUCCUCCACUACCGGCACGUCGUCUUCGGUCCACGAGUCCAGUUUUCAGAACCACAUGUGAGCAUUGAUCCGGACGAUCGGCCGCUGCAGAAAGUGGUGGAGCGUUUCCACAGGAACAGAAGUAAAUCAGCCAACAAGGACGUGGCAGAGCGAGUGUUCCUAUUGGCUCAGAGACGGAUCGAGGUGACCUAUCACGUAGAGGAUAAUCGAUUUAUUCCUUCAAAGAGGAGCUUCAUCAAACCACGAGACUCAACAGGAAGUAAAAAGGCCGAGGACUUCACACCUGACAUGGUCUCCAGUUUCCAGGUGGAACUAUCUGAGGAGCCUCUGAAGACCCUGACUCUGUAUGAGAUGCUUCUGGACCUGAUGAUGGAUGAGGAGAAGGUGGUCCUCGAAAUCAAGAAAUCUAAGAAAGAGGUCAGAGACAUUUUGGCCUGCAGAGAGCAGGAGGAGGGAGACAUUCAGCUUCACUUGUCACCAUGGACGACAGCAGGAGCCGCCAAGGCCCACAGACAGAGACAGGAAAUGGAGCGCCUGGCUGCCGAGGAGCAGAGGUGGCUGCGGGACAAGGAGACGGACGUACUGGCCCCCCUCCUGAUCCGGAUGGACGACCCAGAGACUCUGAGUGCGGAAGACGCUAAGCAGCUCCACGAGGACUGUUUGGCUGAGUUUAAACAGAGACUGGUGGAGAACGCCAACCUCAUUCAGGAACGCUCCGAGAAGGAGACACAGGAGCUGCAGAGGAAACAGCAGUGGUACCAGCAGAACCAGCUCACCAUGACGGAGCAGCAGAAGGAAGAGUACCAGAACUACUGCUCUGAGAAAACACUACGGAUACAUGUGGCCAAGAAACGGCUCAGCAUGCACAAGGAAGAAGCUCCUCAGAAGCACCGUGAUCUCGAUCAGAAGCUUAGACGUGACCCUCGACUGUCCCUUCAUCUGCCCAGCUGA